AGAGCCGGGUAGAGAUAGCGCCGCCGCGUUUCCCUGUCACGUGACCCUAAGCGACCAAUAGGAGCGCCGAACGCAAUAAGAACGCGACAACCCUUCGAAUGGUUCCUUGUCACAUGACCUUCUGCGGCUGGGAGCGAUGGAGGAGUAUGCCCGGGAACCUUGUCCUUGGCGGAUUGUGGAUGACUGUGGCGGUGCCUUCACCAUGGGGGUGAUCGGCGGGGGGGUCUUCCAGGCUGUCAAAGGCUUCCGCAACGCCCCAGUGGGUGUCCGGCAUCGGUUCAAAGGCAGCGUUAACGCCAUCAGAGUCAGAGCGCCACAGAUUGGAGGCAGCUUUGCGGUAUGGGGCGGGCUCUUCUCCACCAUUGACUGCGGCCUGGUAAAGAUGCGCGGCAAAGAGGAUCCGUGGAACUCCAUCACCAGCGGGGCCCUCACUGGUGCGGUUCUGGCCUCACGCAGUGGGCCGCUGGCUAUGGUGGGCUCAGCUAUGAUGGGGGGAGUCCUGCUGGCCCUUAUAGAAGGCGUCGGGAUUUUGCUCACAAGAUACACAGCCCAGCAGUUCCAGAACCCCAAUCCCUUCGGAGAAGAUCCCAGUCAGUUGCCUCCCAAGGAUGGCUCGCCGCCGUCAGGAUACCCAGGCUAUGGACACUAUCAAUGAUGCUGCGUGGGGCUGGGCAUUUUCUCGUUUUUGUAGGGGUGGGCAGAAAUUUCCUCCAGAAGCUACUGGAGAACUGUUACCCAAUAACAUAGACAAAUGUGAUUUCCAGAGUCGUCUUCAGGGGGGAAAUAAACCAAGGGAGGGUAGAGGAACACCAAUAGUGUGACAUCAACUCUGCAGGGUCUUGGGAGUGCUCUAAGCAGACAGUCAUUCCCUCUGUAUUGAAGGAACCACAGCCUCCAUAGAAAUAGCUACUGAAAAUAGCUGGGUGAUGUUACUUAGUUUGUAGGUUCUGGGCGUCUGGCCAUAAGUUAUGGACUGUGACGAAAGGUUCUGCUGGGUGUUUGCCUGGCUCUUAGUUGUGGGGGAGUCACGGAGACCCUCCCAGCACAAUUCUAAAAAAUCUGCAGCCAACACAGCUUAUGCCUGGUAUUCCUGGAGAGGGACGCUUCCGUGCGUCUCUCAAGGAGGGGACAAGACUGCUGCUAGCCUCUGCCCAGCUCAGCGCACCCACCUGACGGUCUCUCUCUUUUUGUAACCUGCUUGCUCAGUGGGUGUGGGCUGAUCCCUGGCAUGUCACAGUGUGCCGUGUGCAGCUUUGUGAAUCUCACGUCAUGCGGGUGUGCUGUAGCGCCACGGGUCAGCCACGGGCAUCUGAAGCGAGAGAUGCGUGAGGCCUUUUGGACUCUCCACCCACCCGCAGUACCCACCCAGUGCAUCUAACAAGCCCACUCACCCUGGAUUUAGAUGUCAAACGACGCAGGCUGGCUCCAUCCUCCCCAUAUAACUGAAACGGCCUCUGAUCCCUCAAAGGAAUGGGGGCUGCGGUUUUACAUGCCGAACCGUCUGGCUCCCAGGGAGGCCUGACAUUUUUGUCAACCUUUUCUUAAAAACAUUUCUUUUGCCAGAGUGGGGCGCUGCCUGGAGCUUUACAUAAAGCCAGCGCCAGUUCCAGCCGCCUCUCUUCAACGGCCAACCCCCCGGCAAUUUGGUUAUAUUUGUAUUGAAUGAUCCUUUAAAUAAAAAAAGGCAAGACUGUA